GGCCAGAUAUAUUAUCGGCAAAGUAAGCCAGUUCUUCUCUUUGUUCAGGCUUUAUAAUUGUCAAGAACAGGAGCUUCAGGACCACUGAGCGUCUGAUCAUUAUCCGCUUGGACUGGGGUCAAAUCGUUCUAGCAACCCGCAACAUCUGCCCACCGACGACGACAAAACGUCAAAGUUACAACAUGGCACCCCGCGGCCGUGGAGGAAAGUUCUCUAAACCAAGUCGAGGAGGUGGAAAACACUUCAGCCGCGACAUCCAAACAGUCGACAAAGAUGGCAACCCUGUUAGUAUGUGGCGGGACCCCGCUGAUGACCCCGAGACAUCGGAGGAAGAAGAGGCUUCAACUGGAGAUUCAGACGACGAGUCUGAGAACGAAGCGGGCCCGAGUACGAUAACACCAAACUUUCCCCAAGACACCGUCUCCGAGAACCGAUCGGAAUUAAGCCGCGAAGAGCGCCGUGCCCUUGCAAAGGCGAAGAAAGCCGCUGCCGCCUUGCGCAAGGCGCAAGGGCCUGCACAACCUGGCGACCUUCCGCCGAGCGAUUCCGAGUCCGAAAUCGAAGCACCCCUGACGAACGGCAACAAAAGCAAAGGCAAAGUCAGCGCCCCCGUCGCAGACUCAGAAGAAUCGGACCUGGACCUUCCUUCCAACCCGAACUACACAUCUAAAUCGAAGAAGACUGAAGAGGGCGAGGGAGAGGAAGCGCACCUAUCGCGCCGGGAACGCGAGGCCAUUGAGGCGCAGCAAGCGCGGGAGCGAUAUAUGAAACUGCAUGCAGAGGGUAAGACGGAAGAGGCGCGGGCGGAUCUGGCGCGGUUGGCGAUCGUGAGGGAGAGGCGGGAGCAGGAGAGGCUGCGCAAGGAAGCGGAGAAGGAGGAGAAGGCAGAGCUCGCAAGACAGAGAGCCGAAGAAAGGGAAAAGAAACUGGCCAAGGUGGGGAAGAAGAAGGGAGGGAAGAAAUAAAGAGACGAAGCUAUCAGCACUGACUCUAUGCCA